CUACGCCUGUCCGAUCUUCGCAGCCUAGACCCAAAGAAAGCCGGGACGUGACGGAGCCGGGGGGUUCUGCUAGCUGGAGGCCCGUUAAACCACCGAUAAAUACAGAUUCCUCAUUGCUUCUUCGUCGCUCAGGAGACGUUUGUGACCUAACUUUACCCUUCGUCUUUUUUCAUCUUAAAAAUAAUUUCACAAACAUGUCCUGGCAAAGCUACGUGGACAACCUGAUGGCUGAUGGCAGCUGCCAGGACGCGGCCAUUGUUGGCUACACGGACGCCAAAUACGUCUGGGCAUCGUUUGUCGGCGGUACCUUUGCCAACGUAACGCCUGAAGAAAUUGACGUGUUAGUAGGAAAGGACCGCGAGGGAUUCUUCACCAGUGGGUUAACCUUAGGCAAUAAAAAGUGCUCUGUAAUCAGAGACAGCCUCCAAAUCGACGGUGACUGGACAAUGGACAUCCGGACAAAGAGUCAAGGAGGAGAGCCAACAUACAAUGUCUCCGUAGGCAAAGCUGGCAAAGCAUUGGUUUUGGUCAUGGGGAAGGAAGGUGUCCACGGAGGGCAGCUCAACAAGAAAUCAUAUACGAUGGCUGACUACCUGAGGAAGUCUGGAUACUAAAGCAGCCUGUACCCAGCCACCUAGCAGCUCACCCUUACCACCCUGUUGCAUUUCACACUACUUCCAGUCCUAGUUGGUAGUUACUUUGUUUUUGUUUUUCUGCCUUCUCUCCUCUCCAUUUGUUAUCCCAUAUUUUGUUAUCCUCUUCCCUCCCCCUUCAACACACUUGUGCUGUGUACUCUUACCCCCUUUAAGCACUAUAAGUUGAUCCUUAGAAGAUGAGCAUGUUGCUACAAGGAUGUCAUGACAAAUCUGUACUACCAAGACCAGCAAAAAAAAUAAAUAAAUCUGGCCAAACACUUGGACAAUGAAAGCUAUAGCAUCAAUUUGAAGUAGGUGUUUCAUUCUUUUCUCUCUGUCAUGGUGCCCAUUACUUAACCCCUCCUAAACCCAUCAUACACUCCCUCCCUGAGCAGCCGAUGCCUUUUGGAGCACUUGAGCGGUAACCAAGCUCGUCAUGUCUUCCUGUUUAAUUUCCCCUUCAUCAUAUCCGGGAGGAGAGACUGGCGUUUCCCUCUGACACCCACCACUCCCACUCCCCCCACUCCCUCCUGCCAAAUGUUCAGUCCCCCCCCCCCCCCCCCCCUCUUUCCCUGCUUCCCCAUCCUGUUUGCUCAAAGCAGGUGACACUACAAACCUCACAGGAGAUUAACAUCUUCACCAAACACUACACACUAACCAACCAGUCCUUACGAUCCACUGCUCUGUCCUGACUACAUUUUAUAGAAAAGGGAGGGGGAAGCAUGUGUAGGGGGUGCUCAGUUGACGACCAUGAGCCGGAUUUGCAAGCGUUGGUUUCGUCCAGAUGCUGGUAGCCUCUCCUCCCGUCAUCACAACCUCCCCGACUACACAAAAACCCCAUGGACAUUCCACAGUAACAAUGGCUCAGGCACUUAAUACUGUUUUUGUUUGCCAGCUCCUGUAAUUUUUUUUUUUUUUUUUUUUGAAAGGCUGCCAUUUUUGGACAGUAGAAAUCCCAGCAUAUAACCACCUGGAUUUUGUCCAGUUUGAUUUUUUUCUUUCUUUUUAUAGGACCAAGUGUAGUCGAAGCUCGGGUGUUUAUACAAUUGCUCUAAAUCAUGAAAAGGAUGACUAACUUUCUGAUGGAGUUACUAACCAGACGGUAAUUCUUACCAUGGUUAAAAAAAAAAAUUAAGCUACAGGGGAGUAAAGGGUGGGAGUACCUGAAGAAAAUUUUCACUUUUUUUUUUUUUUUCUUUAUUGUUUAGAAAACAACUGCAUUUGUACAAACCCAUGCUGUGUUGACAACUACAAAACUGUGGAAUAAAUUGCCUUUUACUCUAUAGUCAGCUGAGCUCUGGGGUAUCACACGGUCUGUCCGCGCUCAGUACUGCUAACUGUAACGUCCAAAAAUAAAUAAAAAAAACUCUUAAAAGUAGAAAUGACACUCAAUGGGAGAUGGGAUUGGUUGGAACAAAGACACUUAUGAUAGUUGUCUUGUUGAAACUUUAACUGCAGAACCUGUGUAUCCUGUGCCAUAAUAUAGAGAUCUGUUGCUGUAGUAAGAUGGAUUUUACCCACUGUCCACUAAAGAGUCAUUUCAUUGGCACUUUUUUAGCUUCAGCUCCACUGUUUAGGCCUUGUGGGUUAUGUGUACUCAUAAAAAAACAACCUGUUUCAAGUCCUGUUUGCUGAUUUAUGUUCAUUUCCUUUUCUCACCACUUUAUUUUCUUACAUCUGGGAUACAGUCUCUUUAAUGCAUCUGAUUUCAUAUGCAUAAAACCAAGAAAUGCCAUAAAUUGAUUUAUCACCUUGUUUACAGACAGAUCAAAUAAAUUUAUUCCAACCAGAUAA